AUGGGUUUUGCUAAUUUGUGCUUCCGUAGGUCAGCAUCAAGGCUAGCUUCUUCAGUGUGUGGUGGUCGAGUCCGGUCUAUCUCUACCGUUGUCAACCGUCCGUCUCUUGUUCACAACCCAUCUCCCCUUCGUCCCUUUGUCUCUCGUGGAUUUCUUUACUCGACGGCUGCUAUUGAUGAUGACUGGGUUAGUUCUGAGCAAGCGGUUCUCCGGGCGAUUGACUAUGAGUACAACUAUCCUAUCGAGCUCGUUGAUGGUGAUGGGAGAUGUGUCUCUGUUAUCGACCAGCUCGCCAGAUUUGCUAUGGCUCUCUGGAAGGAUCGCUCUCUAGGCAUGAAGAACCCUCCUGCAAGUUUCCCUUUCAAAAUUGAAGAUAUUCCUGGAAACAGGACUGUUAAAUUGACUAGAGAGCACAAUGGGGAGCAUAUUGAAGUUGUAUCUGCUAUUCCUUUCGUUGUGACUGUUACCAAGAAGAGUGGACGUAGCCUAGAGUUACGCUGCACGGCUAGGGCUCUUUCUGAUGAGAUUAUCAUUGAUGCUAUACAUGUGAACCUACCAGGGAAAGAUCCAGAGGUGCUCCAGGACAUAGAUGAUUCAGUAGGAAUUGAUCACGAGGUUCUGAAGAAGACAUUCAACAAGUAUCUCGAGAUCAGAGGAUUGAAUGCUUCCACAAUCUAUACUAUUGACCGUUACAUGAUGAAUAAAAUGAAGCUGGAGUACUGGUUGUGGUUGGAUCAUCUUAAGGAGUUUUUGGAAGAAUAG